CACCUAAAGCACCUGUGGCCAGCAACCUCACCUCUGCAGGCACUGGACCGGCAUGGAUGAGGAGAGAUCAGCCUCACACUCGAAAGCAAUUUAUCUUUGAGAAGCCAUCAGAGGUGGAGCGCAAAGUCCCCGAGGCAGGUGUGAUAGAUAAGCCUGGUGUGUAUGAGCUCAGCAAAGUACCAACUGGCAUUUCUAGGAUUCAUUUGAUUCCUGGCUUUAUUGACUCAGAACAAGCAGACUGGAUGUUUGAACAGCUCCUGCAAGACAUACCCUGGGGUCAGAGAACUCACGUCAGACAGGAAGUAUCUUUUGAGGAACCAAGGCUCACCUCCUGGUAUGGAGAACUUCCUUACACCUACUCCAGGAUAACAAUGCAGCCAAACCCAAAUUGGCAUCCUCUGCUGACCAUGCUGAAGGAGCGCAUUGAGGAGUUCACUGGCCACACCUUCAACUCUCUUCUCUGCAACCUCUACCGACAUGAGAAGGACAGUGUAGACUGGCACAGCGACGAUGAACCAUCACUGGGGAAAAAUCCUGUCAUUGCCUCACUCAGCUUCGGUGCUACCCGGACCUUUGAGAUGAGGAAGAAACCCUCCCCUGAAGAGAAUGGAGACUGUACUUAUGUAGAAAGACUAAAAAUCCCACUUGAUCACGGGACUCUGCUGCUGAUGGAAGGAGCUACCCAGGAGGACUGGCAGCAUCGAGUGCCUAAGGAAUAUCAUUCCAGAGAUGCACGGAUAAACUUGACCUUCAGGAUCAUUUAUCCAGAACCUGAUGGAGUUUGGAAGUGAAGAGGCACUUUGAGCAUUGUUGGAUAUAAACGCACAGCAGAUCCAGAGCCUCAGAUUGCUACAGAUUGACAGGAGGCCUUACAGGAACAGAGUGCUGUGAGAUACCUGAUGGGGAAAAGAAUUGAUGUUAGGAAGAUCUUUGACAAUCAGAAGCUGCCUGUGUUAUGUGGACAGUGCUAUUUCAUUU